GCGACACUAUUAUGUUCUCACAGGACAGGAACAACAGUCAAGCCCAAGGAGGGAUAAUAUAUAACCAGAAGAAUUCGCGAUACACUUUGACUGAACUAGUGUGACGAAAAUACACCUUUCUAAAAGAAAACUUUAUAUAACAAUAAUAAUCCCAAAGUCGCUUUUACUUCAACCGUUUUUAUUUCUGUGUCGGGUUUGUUGUUUUUACGCAGCGUCACUCGGCACAGUGAAGCGACUCCAAACUCACAGCGGCGUUAGUAAAGAAGAAGCAGGUGUCCAACAUGGCGAACGCGGCCAGCGGAGCUCUUGCAAGUCUCCUGCUUUUAUCCACGAUUGCGGCAGCUGUUCUUCAAGGAGCAGCUCAGUAUCCAGUCCAAAGCCAGAACCUCGUGACAGACAACAUCUCGGUGGUGGAAGGGGAAACGGCCACUAUCAGCUGUCGAGUCAAAAAUAACGACGACUCCGUCAUCCAGCUUCUGAACCCCAACAGACAGACCAUCUACUUCAGAGAUGUCAGACCCUUGAAGGACUCUCGCUUUCAACUGGUCAACUUCUCAGACAAUGAGCUGCGUGUGGCUCUGUCCAACGUGUCACUCUCGGACGAGGGCAGAUACGUGUGUCAGCUCUACACGGACCCUCCGCAGGAGGCCUACGCCGACAUCACUGUGCUGAUCCCACCAGGCAACCCAAUCAUUGAGUCUCGCGAGGAAAUUGUAAGAGAGGGUAACGAAACGGAGAUGACCUGCACAGCUAUGGGCAGCAAACCAGCUGCCACCAUCAGAUGGAAGAAGGGAGACAAAGAGCUGCAAGGAAGCUCAAAAGUGGAGCCCACAUAUGACAGGAUGUACACUGUAACCAGCUGGGUAAGGCUCACCGUAACAAAGGAGGACGACGGUGUUCCUGUCCUCUGCAUCGUCGACCACCCAGCAGUCAAGGACUUUCAAGCUCAGAAAUUCCUGGAGGUGCAGUAUAAACCAGAGGUGAAGAUUGUCGUGGAGUUUCCUCAAGGACUAACCAGAGAGGGAGAAAACCUGGAGCUGACGUGCAAGACCAAAGGCAAACCAGAGCCUCAACAGGUGAACUGGGUGAAGGUGGACGACGACGUGCCCUCGCAUGCCGUCAUCAUCGGCUCGGAUCUCUACAUCGAGAACCUUAACAAGUCCUACAACGGAACUUACCGAUGUGUGGCCUCUAACUCUGUGGGAGAAUCCUAUGACGAUUACAUCCUCUACGUGUAUGAUGCCCCCACCACCACCCCUAUACCCACUACAGCCACCACCACCAUGUACACCACCACCUCUCUCCCAGGUAUCACCCAAGACGCUGCGCCCAGCACUGAACCCGCUGCUCACGUAGACUCCAGAGCAGGAGCAGGAGCUCAAAGAGCGGUGGACCAUGCUGUCAUCGGAGGGGUGGUGGCCGUCGUGGUCUUCGCCAUGCUUUGUCUUCUUAUCAUUUUGGGCCGAUACUUCGCAAGACACAAAGGUACCUACUUCACACAUGAAGCGAAAGGGGCAGACGAUGCGGCCGACGCCGACACGGCCAUCAUCAACGCUGAAGGUGGACACAACAACUCGGAUGAAAAGAAGGAAUACUAUAUCUGAUUGUACAAAUCUCUGGUUGUCUUGUUAUUAUUAUUAUUAUUAUUAUUAUUAUUAUUAUUAUUAUUAUUAUUAUUAUUUUUAUUUGGGUUUUUUUUGGAUGGUUGGGAUGGGAGGGGCAUGGAGGGGUUAAGAGCAGGGACUGUCUUUUUUUUUUUUGCUUUGUUUUUUGUUUUUUGUUCUUCUUCCUGGGGAUUGAAUGAUGUAGACUACAUGGACACCUGAGAUUAAUUAGCCAUUGUCUUUGUGGAUUUUGAGCUGGUGGGGAUAAAGGGUCAGGGUCAGGGGGUGGAGGGGAUGGGAUGGGAAAGGGGAAGGGAUGUGGUUGCCAGAUGUUACCAUGUAUCACUAUAGAAAGCUUCACCAUUGAACACCUCCCAAACUGCUGGUACUCUUAUAUUUUUCUUUCGCCUUCAGUUCUGACCAUUUGCAGAAACUUCUGUGCCUUCUUCUGAAUUUCUUUUCUCUGUCAAGCUUUUGGUUUUGAACUCCCGACUUGGCAUGCUUUCCCAAGCAUAAGCGCAAUCCUCGUUCCUUCAUCCGUGUUCCUUUUACCAGUGUCGCAGUCUGCUUUCCUAUGAGGGUAAAUAUACACAGCGCCUCAAGACACUCCUGCACUGUGUAGGCAUCAAGUUCUUCUACUGCAAACCAAAAUCCCAUCAUAUCUGAUCCUCUAUACUGUGAGAAGGCCAGGUUAUAUGGCACCAUUUUCCACAUCCUUUUAGUGAUUCCAGAACAUGUGUAUUAUGUUUUAAAUAUCCAAGAAUUCAAAAUGAGGAAAAGUAAAAGUAUGACACGUUAAAGACCAUUCAAUCCCACUCAGUUGUACAUUAGUGCUAUAGGAGAGGACUGCACCUCUUUCUAUCUUGGCAGGCCUUUCUGCAUUGCUACAGAAUGCU